CUUGAACACGUCAUCCACAGACGCCGGAAAAGGCGCAAGCUGAAAGUUCAUCAUCGAGCUGAGGUGGCUUUAUUAUUGGAGUCGAGUAACUACCUGUUAUUUUAUCCGUCGCCCUCGACGAAUGAGGUUGUUUAUUGUUGAGUACUGUCAAUCCAGACGUUCUCAGGUUUUCCAUUGAUUGAGUGGACGGCACUGCUAGCUAGCUAGCCACCACCCUUUUCUCCAUUACUAGCUAACGUCGUUCUCGCUCAAAACACUCCGCUCAUUCGACGCUAUGGACCCCGUUGGUCAAGCAUGCCCCCACUUUCUCUCUCUUGAACCAGACAUCAACCUGAACUCCCCCAACAAGGGCCUGGGCCCCACAGGAGGAGUGGACUCCCUAACGGGUGUCUCCAUGGAAGGGGGAGCCACGGGAGUAGCAGCCGUCAACACGCUGCCCCCAGGGCUCACAGAGGAAGAGGCCGAGGAGCUCUACUCUGAGCUAGGCAAGGUGGAGGAGGAGAUCAACACCCUGAGACAGGUGCUCCUGGCCAAAGAGAGACAUUCUGCCGAUCUGAAGAGGAAGCUGGGGCUGAGCCCCCUCAACGAGCUCAAACAGAACCUCACCAAGGGAUGGCAGGAUGUCCAGACCUCCAAUGCCUAUGUCAGAACCACUGAGAAACUUGGCGAGUGGAAUGAGAAAGUUACCGGUUCAGAGUUAUAUCUGACAGCGUCUGCCACUUUGGAUGACAUUGCCCAAUCUGAAGCGUAUAAGAAGACUUCUGAGACCCUGUCUGUGGCUGGACAGAAGACCACUGCUGCCUUCUCCACCAUGGGCACUGCCCUCAGCAGGAAACUGGGAGACAUGAGAGCGCUGCCUUUCUCAAACUCCUUUGGUAGCAACUACUCCAUCCGCCAAUCGAUAAGUAUGCCAACGAUGAGAAACUCUCCUACCUUCAAGUCGUUCGAGGACAAAGUUGGGAACAUCAAGUACAUGGUGGUUGGACCCAGAGGUAACGGAGAAGCUGUCCAGUCCCCGACCGAAACAACUAACCCCGUUCAGGACAACGCACCCUUCUGAAGCUCCUCCUUCCGCUCUUAUCACCGGGACUGUGACGACAUCAUCAUCACUGAGUGACCCUUGACCUGUGACAUCACCCUCCACACCAUAUGCCAUUACUCACUACUGCCUCCCACCUCAGUUACCUAUAGCCCAGUCCUAAAUGGGGCCCUUGGCUCCUAGGCCCUUGUGAAGAUCUGGAUAGAUGUAAACAAUAUGACAAUUCCACCUAUCCUAUGAGAAGGUGGAGCCACUAGCAUAUUGUUUAAACCUAUCUGAUUUGUUGCCAGAUUGCUUACGCCUAUGUAGUCAAUUUCAGCUCUACACAACUGCCUCUGGGGUUAAGGGUCGAUCUAGAAUCUCCCUCAGCCUCUUCGCCUACUAAAAGCAUGUGCAUAUCAUCUCAAUCGACCGCAAAGGACAACAGGUUACACAACAUCAAAUCACCACCGCUUGUAAAAAAAAAAAAAAAACUGUUAAACCAUUUUGUAUUAUAAAACUAUUUUACACUGCUUUGCAUAAUGUUUUUACAUAACUUUUAGCUAUAUGUAAAAUAUAUAUGAAUAGAUAUAUUGUAAACAAUACUGCAAGUCGGCAUUUAUCAGUAGGUAAGGCGGAUGGAGAGUCUCGAGGAAACACGAGUGCAAAAAAAAUAAAUUAAAAAAAAAAGUGUCCAAAAGAAGAAUAAAAACACUAUGAAUACAACAACAAUCUCUGUUUUGUUCCCUGCUGGGCAUUUACUUCAGUUGAUUUUUCUACACUGAAUAGAAUGUGAAGCAAAGCUUUGCUGUAUAGCUACCUGGCGAAUGUAGAAACGGUCUUCUGGUCUUGUUCUUUCACUCUUAUUGCUUUGUUUUACAUUGCUGGUAGAAACUUUUCACUUUUUGGUGGUUUUUUUUUCUCUCCCCUUUUUUUUUUUUUUAAGUUGUGGAAGAGGGUUUUAAAGGUUUUUUUUUUUUAAAUCACUCUUUAUGUGUAGGCUCACUGCUAAUGUGCCACAUCUGAAAUGAUCUACUGUGAAAUACAGUCCAGACAUUCUGACAUUAUUAUAAGAAGAAUUGUCCCCAUGCCCCACACACACACACGUGAAUGAUGUAUACAUUUGUCUCGUGCACACACCAUACACUCCCACAGACCCCGACUAAUGUCACUGUUAUGAUCACCAACACUUCCUGUUUCAGCCAGUGUGGACUAAUCCAGCCUUUUAACGCGGAUGAUCAACUAGCUGUAACCGAUUAUCCUGCCACAACCUUCAACACAACCUUCAACAGCUGCUGUUGGUUUGGUAGCACCGUCCACUUUUUGUUAUUUUCAACAUGAAGUACCUACUUCAGAUUUGUUUAUUAUUUUGCCUGAUUUUUAGUCUUUCUAUCCAGGGGAUUAAUGUUCAUUUUGUCUUUUAUCUAUACUAAAGUAUUUUACAACAAGUAUCUUUGUGUUCAUUUUUAGUAGUCAUACUUGGGUGAUGUAUUUGAGAUUAUUUUUUUUCUCUCUUGGGUGGAGUAUAAGAGUCAUUUUGUAUUUAAGUGCCAUCUGUAAAUCGUUGAUUUUAAUAAACCUACCUGUUAGAUUUCUCUCAAGAGAAUCCUAAAGUUCAGAUUUAUUAUGUUGCCCAUUUUAGCUGUUGCACAUGCAGCAGCUACUCUUCCUGGAGUCUACAUAAAACUAAAUAUAUGACCGAGUACAGAACCGUUGUAGACGACAAAAGAAGAUAAUAUUACAUUUAAUUAAAAUAACAGUACAGAUACUGGUAUCCCAGAUCCAGAGACUCUCCGUUGAGAAUACUUUAGUCCAGGACUGGUCUGUAUCUGUGUCGGCAGACCGGCCCUCACAGGCAGCCUAAUUCGGAUAUUUUGGCCAAUUAUUGUUAAAAGAUCUGAUCUGAUUGGUCAAAAGACCAACUUAGCGGCAAAAUAUCAGAAUUGGGCUGCCUGAGUAAACACUUAAGUACAGUAGGUUUCUAUUGUCUCUGGUUAUGACAUGGCAAGGAGAAAGGCAUAUAUGUAACUUGUGUUGAGCUGCAAAUACAUGUUUGGGUCAAAUGCAAAAAAAAAAUUGCAACGGGGUGAACGAAUGAAUAUAUAAUUGCUUUAUUUAGGGCGUGAGCCUAGUUGUAGACAUUAAAGGGAUCAGAUAGGCGAAUGUUGUCAUUUAAAACAAAAAGUGGUUUGUCAUAUGUUUGGAUUUCAAUAAAGCAUCCCUUUAAAUAAA